AUGGAUACGGACGCGACCUCAGUCGCUUCGGGUAGUGCUCCUCUGCAUCCUGGAGCUUCUUUAGGAGGUAUCAAAAGCGUAUCAGGUGCACAGAAAACGGACUCGCAACCAGCCGUUUCUAGUGGUGCUCCUCCGAAUCCUGCAGCUGCCUUAGGCACUGACCACAGCCCGUCAAGUGCAAUGAAAUCAGAACUGGCGUCAGUCACUUCGGGUAGUGCUACUUUGCAACCUGAGGCUUCUCCAGGUACCGUCCAAAGUCCACCACGAGACGCAUCUCCCAAGAAAUCUAAAAAACGGAGGAUCGCGCGUCAAGGUGCAGAGCAGACUGCACCGCAACUGCGUGAACAGGCGAAGCAAAUAGGGGGCAAAAUACGUCAAUCUGCAUCUGAGAACCUGCAGUGCAAUCAGCAGUCAUCUAACGAAGACCCUGUGUCCUUGGAUAGUACCUCAGGUUCUGCCAGUUUGCCCUCCGAUGACGUAGCAAUUACCCGAACCGAAGAUAAAAAUCACCAGCAAACACCUCAAUAUAGUGCACCACUUAAUGACGAACCGAUGACAGGGCUGUCGAAUCCGUGGGCAGACGAUGUCGACGACACUACAAAGGAGGACGCAAUUAUGGACACCACAGGAACCGUUACAGUCACCACGAUGGCCACACCACGAGAUGACGUCGUCUUGAAUGUCACCGCCGCGACGGAUACUGUCCCAGACACGGAGAAGCCGACUGAUCCCUUCCCAAGUCAUGAAUAUUUCUAG